AUGAGCUCCAUGGCGCUCUCGGCCGUUUUGGAUAAACAUAUUAGUCGCCUGUGUCUCAACCAGUUUCCCUGUGGAAAUGGCAGCUGGCGGAAGAGCAAAGUCAACGCCGAGGAGGCGGACAAGGAGGACACGGACAUGCUUUUGGACCUCCUGAAUUGUCCCCACUCACCAUGGAGGAUGGACGAGCUGUGGAGCCAGCAGGCCGCCGCCCUGAAACGGGUGGCCGUGGUGACGCCUGAGCGGAUCAACGACGAUUUCAUUUGCAGCUUCUUCAGCUCGCUGCGGAUCGUAGACAAGGAUGUGUCAGUUAUCGAUGACUGCCUGCUGAAGUUCUGCAAUCUGGAGGAACUUGUGCUGAGUGCCAACAAAAUCUCGGAAAUCUCAGCAGAGAAUCUUCCCAGAACUUUGAAGGUGCUGGAGCUGCGAGCCAACUGUCUGUCUGCUCUGGGCCGUUUGGCCAACUCCCCGCCGCCUCGCCUGCAGUACCUGGGCCUGGCGUCCAACGGACUGGGUUCGCAUUGCGACGUCACUCAGCUCACAGGAAGGCACUGGCCUCAGCUGGUGUGUCUGGACCUGAGCGACUGCGACUUCCAGGCCCAGUGGCCCCUCUUGAAGGCCCUGAACACCAUGCCUCGACUCAGAACGUUGGUCCUGGAGGGAAACCCCUUCACCCUGACCCCCUCCUACCCGGGCUUCACCGUGGACGCCCUGCCCCGCCUCUCCUACCUGGACGCCUCGUGGAUCACCCCAGAGGAGAGACACCGCUACCGAGGGAUGGCCAAGAUGAGCCCGGUGAUGGUGGACUGGGCCUCAGCCACAGUGCGAGUGGGCCGCCUGAUGGGACUCCCCGACCCGCUCAUCAAUGAAGAGCCCAACCCGCCGGAAUUCCCAGUCGUCACGUACAGCUACUUGAUCACAUACAUGUUCUUCAGCCGUCAAACCACCUCCUACCAGGAAGUUGACGGUAAGCUGAAGGUCCAAGGCCGAGGCAACAGAAGUGAAAAGGAAACGUCGGACGCCAGUGUCAAAUCUGACAGCAGCUGCCUGGACACCCCAUGUGAGUCGAGACACAGCACGUCCCACCACCCAUGGUCGACCUGUGUGGACUUUGCCGACGUGCUGACGCUCAUCGUGCGAGACGUGAGGGGCUUCAAGAAAUUCCUCAGCCAAGGACUUGAGGUUCAUAUUGAACAGGAAAAGGUGCUCUCAUGGCCCGUCGAGGUGUCAGACGCCCCCCCGGCCAAAGAUGGUCAAGCUGCCACAGGCAAGAAAGGAGAAAAACAAGGAGCAGCGAAGACCAAGGACAAAAAGAAGAAAGCGUGCACGGAGCUGGUCCCAGACGCCCCCAUCAUUACGGUGGUGGCCUCAGCGCACGUCCCCCUGCACAGCCUGCUCCUCAGCGGAGGUCAAAGGGUCAGCGUCCUGUGUAACUUUGGUGUCCUGCACAAAGAUCCUCCCCCAGAAGACGCUCUCAUACCCGAGGAGAACGCCACGGCGGAGAAGCAAGCCAAGGAGGAGCCCAAGAAGAAGGCGGCCGGCCGCGCUGCAACCAAGAAAGCUGCAACAGGCAGAGACACUGAUGCUGACAGCAUCACCCCGUCUGGAGCCGAGGCCACCUUGGAGCUGAGCGUGGAACUGAAGAAAUGGCGUAGUGCGUGUGAAGUGGCGCCGCUCUUACCUCUCAAAUGAAGACUGACUGCAGAUACGGACUGAGUGUGAACACAGAACUUUUAUUUUCACAUAAAUCUUGUUUUUUUUCUAAAAAAAAGUCUCUUACACACACACACACACACAUACAAAGGAGCAAUGAUGUGUGUGUGAAGUGCUUUUCGAAGCAAGUGUCCAAUGUUCUUAUUAAAGCCACAAUGUCUUCAUGUCUCUCUCUCUCCCUUACAUGCACAUUAUCAAAUCUUUAAAAGUAUUUCCCGGCAUUAAAAAAAUAAACUAUGGCUUGCCAAUUUUCAAACAAAAUGACACUCCAUGGCAUCAUUCUUCAAAUAGACUUUGUUUGGAUUUCGUCUAUACAGUUGUGGCUUAAAGUUUAUACUCCCUAGCAGAAUUUGAUUUGGCCAUGUUGUUAUUAUGGUUUAAAAAGAGGAAAAUAAUUUUUAUUCAUACAAACACUAACCAUGAGUGACAGACAGAUUUUUGUCUUAUUCAUAUUUUCUGAAAAAAGGCCAACCAAAAAAAAAAAAUCAGAUUCUGCUGGGGAGUGCAAACUUUUGGCCACAACUGUGUAUAUUUAUAUAUAUAUAA